AUGAAUUCGUACGCUUCCAUUCUGAUAUCGCAUUUUCGCCUGAUGUGGCGCAGAAUAUUACACAUUUUUCAGACGCUGGGGUCUUCCGAGAAGCGCCAGAGUGACUUGUUUCCUGGCAACCUUGAGGUAAAACAGAUUAUAUUGGGAGGAGAUUCGCUGGUGAAACCUGCUGCGGUGGAUUCGUUUGAUAUGAACGAUCCGAACCCUUUUGGGUGGGACGUCCGCUCGUUGGUGUUACCUUCCAGCGCUGGAUCGUAUCUUGACGACGAUAUCGAGGCUCAACAAGCCCAGCAGAGCAUGCCACGAGCCAUGCUUGAAUCUGAGUCCAAGUACUCGCCCUGGCAAUCACAGCCGUCUCAAAUGACCCAGCUGGGGUUUAAUCUAAACCAGCAACCACAGCACUUGCAUCCUAUGUGCCUAUCCAGUUCCCAUCAACACACCAAUAACGGGAGCUCGCACCACCAAAUGUACGCCAGCGACUUCUCCGCACACACAUCACUCUACGAGGAGGAGUACGUGGGAUUUGUGGAGUACCAGAUGGUGAAAGAGCAAUUUGAAGACGAGAUGGCUCUUGAGGACGACGAAGAUGAAGAGGUUGUUGGUGGACUAUUUGACAAUCUUAUUGAUGGUUUUGCGCUUGACGACGAGAUGGUGUUGUCCAAGUCGAGUCAACACUCUGAGAUUUUUUCAUCUCAAGAGUCCGAACUAGUCCAUGUCUACAUGGCCAAAAAAGAGCCUCCUUCGGAUGGCGAAAUAUCGCCUCUCGAUAACAAUUUAUACCACCACAUCAAGCAGGAGGACGAAGAUUUUAAUUUGCACGAUUUUUCCGUGAUUUCAUCUUCUGUCGAGGAUGUUGCAGAUGUGUUUGACCAGCCGCGGUCCUCGUCAGCAUCCGAAAGUUCCCAGUACCAGUGUCCAGAUUGUGCCUCCAAUUUCAAGGUGAAAUCGUAUCUUACUCGUCACAUGAAGAAGCAUUUGGCUGCAAAGGCCUUUAUGUGUCCAUUCUAUUCCGAAGAAGGAUCUGACGACGACGGAAAGAGCACCAUUCUUCGCUCCGGCACAAAGUGCCACACCACUGGCGGGUUCUCCCGCAGAGACACUUUCAAGGUUCAUCUCAAGGCCCUUCACUUUAUAUAUCCUCCAGGAACAAAAUCCUCGAUGCGCAAUUCCAUUGGAGGAAGAUGUGCUGGGUGCUUCCAGUUCUUCGAGACCAACGCUGUGUGGAUGGAGGAACACAUUUCCAAGAAUAAGUGUCCAGGUGCCGUGAACAAGAACUGA